UUUGAACUAAAUCCAUAGGUUUAUCGGCCACUAUUUGGAUAAGUAUCACACAUCCCAACCAACCAACAACAGCAGAAAGUAAUAUUUGUUAAUAACCUGUAAAGGAGGAGCAGCAGAAUGGCAUACCAUGUGGUAUUGGAGCGGCCCCUUUGAUGGCAGAUGAUGCACUUCGUUUCUGGCUUUGGCUGAACGAUUCAAACCCAUCUCUCUGUUCUAAUCCAUCUCAUUUCCUCCCGCCGCACACGCCUCUGCAAAUUCAAUUCAAACAAGUUGUUAUUAAACUAAACAAAUCACUGUUGAAUAGUUUAGACCCACCAAAUCCUCCCCUCUGAAGUUUUCAAUUCAACUCUCCCUGGUCAGAGCCAACCCCAUAGCACAUCUUCUUUCAUUAAAAUAACUUCCUUCCCAUCUUCUUCUUCUUCAAUGGCCAAUCCCCAUUUCUUUCCUUCCCAAAUCCCUCCAUAGUUUGUUUGUUCAUCUUCUUGUUCUUGAUCAUGCCGGUUUUCAGUACAGCAGUAGCUUCCUCCUUCUUCUUCGCCAUUGCUUUUGUUUUGGUUCUUCGUUUUAUAGCCAAAACAUCUCUGUUGUACAUGGUGGUCAAGGGUUUUCAAUCAAUUACAGACUAUUUCCAUGCCUACCAAUACUACAGAAUUCCCCAAUUCGACGAGAAUCUACAGCCGAAUCAACUCUACCUUCGUGUACAUGCCUACCUUCAUUCCUUACCUUCUCUGGAGGAUUCCAAUUUCACGAACCUAUUCUGUGGUGCAAAACCUAGCGAUAUUGUCCUCCGCCUCGACUCCGAUCUAACCGUCCACGAUUCCUUCCUCGGGGCGAAACUCCGAUGGAAACUCGAGAUGCAUAGCGAUCAUCAUCGGCAGAACAGCAGUUUUUCAUUCGUUCUAAAGCUGAGGAAGGACGAUAAACGAAGGGUAUUCCGUCAGUACUUCCAACACAUCCUCUCGAUAUCCGAUGAGAUUGAACAACAGAAGAGGGAAAUCAAGAUGUAUAUCACUGCGGACGGCUGCGCAAGACGUUGGAUGGCGGUGCCGUUUACACAUCCGGCGACAUUCGGUACAGUGGUGAUGGACAUCGAUUUGAAGAAUAAGGUAAAAUCCGACCUCGAACAGUUCCUGAGAUCGAAGCAAUAUUAUCACAGAUUAGGCCGUGUGUGGAAACGAAGUUUCUUACUCUACGGUCAGCCGGGGACGGGAAAAUCGAGCUUCGUGGCGGCUAUGGCGAAGUUUCUGCAGUACGACAUCUACAGCAUCGAUAUGUCGAAAAUCUCGAGCGACUCCGACAUGACGAUCCUGCUGCUUCAAACGACGCCGAAGUCGUUGAUUCUGGUGGAGGAUCUUGAUCGGCAUCUGAUGAAGAGAUCGACUGCGACGAGCGCGUCGGGUGUACUGAACUUCAUGGACGGCAUCGCAUCGUACUGCGGUGAAGAGCGUGUGGUGGUGUUCACGAUGACCGACAAAAGUGGGAUCGAUCAAGCGGCGCUGAGGCCGGGACGGGUGGACGUGCACCUUCAUUUUCCGGCGUGUGACUUCUCGGCCUUCAAGACUUUAGCUAUAAGCCAUUUGGGGGUGAAGGAUCACAAGCUCUUCUCUCAGGUGGAGGAGGUUUUUCAGAGUGGAACCAGCAUGAGCCCCGCUGAAAUUGGUGAGAUCAUGAUAGCUAAUCGGAGCUCGCCAUCUCGGGCCUUAAAAUCCAUCAUUACUGCUCUGCAAAUCUACAGCGGCGAUGGCGACGGGAGGGACCGGAAUGGAUUGAAAUGGACGGGCGGUGGAUCGGCGAUUCAUGAUGAGGAUGAGAUCGGAUCUAGACGCUUCUUUUUUAAAGAUAAUCUUAGUAUGGGAAAACUGUAUGGGCUUUUGAAAUUGGGACUGAGAAAAAAUGAAGAAUGUCUGGAUUCUCACUCUAUGGAGAAGAACUGAUUAUAAAAAUCAAAGAUUAUAUUCUAGUAA